AUGGGGCUCCUUUCCCUCCACACCUGCAGCCUGUCCUGGAGGGGUGUAAUUUUCCUGCUGCUUCUCUCCCUCUCUUUGGGGAAGACCUCUGCAUCGCUGGGUGCACAGACCAAAGGGAAACCAGGAGUGUGCCCCAGAGAAAGGAUUACUUGUGAAGCUAACAUUCUGGACUUUUGCGAAAUUGAUCUCGACUGCGCUGGACACCUGAAGUGCUGCAGGUUUGCCUGUAGGAACAUGUGCUUGGAUCCCUACCAAGAGCCCUGUGCACAGCCCUUGAAAGAAGGAAUAUGUAAGCUUAGACUACUGCGCUGGUAUUUUGACUUUGACAGAGGUAGCUGCAAAUCUUUUAUAUAUAGGGGCUGCUUUGGGAAUGCGAACAACUUCUUGAGCUUUGAUGACUGCACGAAAGCCUGCACGUCAGCUGUCAAGGCAGGACAGUGCCCACUCUUUCCUCUUGCUUCCCGUAUGGAGUGUCCACCUUGGUGCAGGAGUGACGCUGAUUGCCCCGAGUCCAACAAGUGUUGUGAAUCCACGUGUGGCUUUGUUUGUGCCAAGGCCUGGACAGUCAAAGCAGGUUUCUGCCCACGCAUGCCCUUGGUGUGUCCCGUGAUUAAUAAACCCAAGUGCCUGCAGGAUAAUGACUGCCCAUUGGCAGAAAAGUGCUGCACAGAUUGUGGACUGAAAUGCAUGGAACCCAGAAUUUGAACAGUGUGCACUUUUACUGAAGUAAUCUUGAGUCUGUGUACCGGUAAGCCCUGGCUGCCUCCACACCGCCACCUGCUCCCAGGGAGCCUGAGGCCUUCCAACAUCUCAAGUUGGGGGACAGAUAGGAGGCCACAAUAGCUGAUCAUUCAAAAUAAACCAAAGUUAAAAAGUAUCACUCUG